AUGGGUUAUUACUUUUUCUCCGGUUUUGCCAUUGGACUUAAUUUUGCCACGAUCCCGUACCUGUACCUGCAGAAUGACGGAGAAGCUCCAGUCAACCAAUCAUCUACUGAAGAUCUGCUGGACUUCACCGCAGAGGAAUGUCCAUCUACAGACACACAUUUACUUACAUUUGAUAUUCCAGACCACAGAGACUUGGAUACUUCUCUAGAGCUGAACAGACAGCUUCACGCUCGACUCAGGAGAAAGCAGGAGGAAAUCUCGGCCCUGAGGGAUGCGAACGCCCAGCUGAGAAAGCUAACUGAACAGGCUGAGCAUUACUCAACCACACUUGAUGUCUUCACAACAUCGCACCAUGUGACGACAUCGACACCAAAAACAAAUACCGAGAUAACAGAGGGUCGUUCUACUGGAUCACAACAUGCCUGGAUCUCUCUGCUGACACGAGAGGACCAAUCCGAGCCGUCUUAUACAUCUUUAGCUGACUCGACCAGCACUGACCCGGCAUCAGGAGUCAAGCGGCAGCUGUGGUCCAGCUGGAGCGAUCUUCUCUGUGAAGAAGCUGGAGGAGAUGAUGCUGAAGACACAAGACCGGACUAUGAGACAGACUGCAAGCGGCUCAGGCUCGAUGAUGAACUUGUGGAGCUGGACUUGGAGCAGCUUGAGGCUCAGCUGGACCAAAAUGAAUGGACUCCUCAACCGCUGGGAGAAGAGUCAGAUCUGACUCCGAAUGAGAGUUUGGAGGUUUCUUCGAAGCAGCAGGUCGCACCGGUCACAGAGAGGGUGAGCGUGUUUGGGGCUUUCCGUGGGCUUCGGGUAGUUACAGAAACCCCUUUCGUCAAAUCGGAUCUUGGGGAGACGAAUGGUGUUUGCUUUAAGAUCUCAAUAAGAGAACACAGUACUGUAAAGACUAAGGUUUUCCCUCACGGAAAGGCAUUUACAGCUCACACGCCAAGUGGUUCUUGUAGGUUCCUUUGGGUUCCUAGCGAGGACUGAACAGUCCUGUCAUCUAAAUCAGCAUUCUUAAAGAGUUCACCUAAUAUAGAAGAUAUUUUGA